AUGUCGGGCCUCGGUUUUCUGCGGCCGUAUGCGGCCCAGAGUCUGCGGCCAGUGGUGCCGACGAGCCGUGGCCGGACGGCCUACCUGCGGCUGUACCAGUCCAUGUGCAGCAGUACGAGCAGUCCGAGGCAGAAGCAGAAGCAGCAGCAGCAGCAGCAGCAGCGGCAGUACGAUGUCGGAUGUAGGCGGCGACGGCCAUACGGCACAGCAGCUGGCGAGGGUACGGAGCAGGAGUCGACGACGGAGCUGCAGGACCGAUCAGCCAUUGCGCUGCGGGUGCAGGAGCUGCGGGAAGCGGACGCGCUGCACUACCCGCGGUACGAGCCGGUGGUGGCGCGGCAGUCGGUGCCGGUCUUCCGAGCGACGUUUGCGGGCGUGACGGAAGAUGGAGAAGCAGCAGAGAGCAGACGAGUCGAGCUGAGCGGCCGGGUGAUGUCGGUGCAGCGUCUAGGGGCAAAGCUCGUUUUUCUGAAGCUGCUGGACGAGGGCGAGCAGGUGCAGGUGAUGUGCAACCUGCGACAGCUCGCGGACGGAGAAGACGAAGCAAAAGGCAGCAGCCAAGCGGUGACACCAGCAGCUUUCAAGACGGCAGCACGGCUGCUGCAGCGCGGCGACCACAUCGCGGUGACGGGACGGGCGACACGCACGGCGACGGGCGAGCUGACGCUGGCGGCUGACCGGCUGCCCCGGGUGCUGUCGCCGGGCCUGGCGCCGCUGCCGACGCGACUGCUCGACGGCGAUACGCGCGCACAGCGCCGUCACAUGGAUCUGCUGGUCAACGUCGACGGCGCGGCGGCGGCGCUGCGGCUGCGGGCCCGCCUUCUGCGGGUGCUGCGCCGCUUUCUCGAGGCGGCCCGCUUCGUCGAGGUACAGACGCCGAUUCUUGCGCCGCUGGCCGGCGGCGCUGUCGCGCGUCCUUUUGUCACCGGCAUGACCACAGCCGGAACGGCGGCUGGGGCGGCGGCGCUGAGCUUACGGAUCGCGCCUGAGCUCUGGCUCAAGCGGCUCGUCGUUGGCGGCCUGGACCGUGUCUUCGAGAUCGGACCCUGCUUCCGCAACGAGGGCAUCGACACUACCCACAAUCCCGAGUUCACCAUGUGCGAGUUCUACGCCGCCUAUUGGACGCUGCCGCGGCUGAUCGCCGAGACCGAGCGGCUGAUGGCACAGCUGGCCAUAGCGGCCGAGGCAGAAGCGAAUGCCAAGACGGCUCCGUCUCUGUCCAUUGGCCUCUGUGCAGCUGGCGGCCCGUUUGUGCAGCUCGCCUUUGUGCCGGCUCUCGAGGCCGCCCUGGGCUUGGAGCUGCCCGACCUCGAGCGGCCCGACGCUUAUGCGCUGCUCCGGGAGCGCCUCCCCCGCAGCGACAACCGUGCUGUAGACGCUGUCGGCUUUCCCCCCGGCGACACGCUCGCCAAGCUGCUCGACCGUCUCGCCGGCUGUCUGCUCGAACCACGCUCGGCUGCCGAUCGCGACGGACCCCUCUUCAUCACCCACCAUCCCGCCUGCAUGUCGCCGCUGGCCAAGAGCCUCGUCUGUCCGCUCACCGGCCAGCGCGUUGCCGCCCGCGCCGAGCUCUUCGUCGACGGCCGCGAGCUCGCCAACAUGUACGAAGAGGAAAAUGACCCGGCCGAACAGCGCCGCAAGAUGGAGCAGCAGCUCAUCGCUCACGACCAGGACCAUGAUGCCAUGGCCGUCGACGAAAACUACAUUGCCGCCCUCGAGUCUGGCUUGCCGCCCACUGGCGGUUGGGGCUGCGGCGUUGAGCGUCUCGUCAUGCUCUUCUCUGGCCAGCGCCGCAUCGCCGACUGUCUCAGCUUCGGGACCCUGCGUCACGUGGUCGCCAUGUCAAAGGGCUAG